AUGACUUCUCCUCAAGUAAUUGGUGAUCCUCAUUACCAUAUAUCACCCUAUAGAUAUAGUUAUACUACUCAACCUAACACAAUAGAAGAAGAGCCACAUGCUCGUUACUUUACCAUUAACUUAAAUGCCAAGUUUAUUCUUGCUCCACACUCAUCUAGUAUGGAAGUUGAAGAUGAAGAAUCUUUAUUCGACGACGACGCGGGAAAUUCUACUGCUUUUUUAGAAAAUAUUGGAUGGAUUUCGUACGAGACAUUAAUGAAGAGCGACGUUACUGAAACCCUACUUAACAUUGAAGACAUGCUUGCUGAGGUCUAUCUUCCUUCUCUCUCUUUUAUUGCUGUUGGCGUUAUUGAUUGCGGUAGAAAGAUGAUGAACAACAAUGAUUAUGAUAAUAAUAAUUUGAAUGAAGAAGUCGGUGUUAAUAUUUCUGUUGAAGUUUUUGUUGAUGAACUACCUCAACUUGAUGACGAUGAUGACGACGAUGAUGACGACGACGACGAUGAUGACUUUGAUAUGAAUGAUGUUCCAAUUCGCUUUGUGGCGGCAAGUGAAGAGUCAAUCGAGAAAUUAGAAAAAGUUUGGGUUAAAGAUAAUCCAAUUUUUUGUUCGAUUUGUUUGGAGGAUGUUUCAUUUGGUUUGGAAGCUGCUAAGUUACCAUGCACUCACGCGUAUCAUGAAGAAUGUGUUGUUGAGUGGCUACAAGUUAGUAAAUUUUGUCCAAAUUGUAGAGUCGAGAUAGUUUAA